AUGGAUUGUGGUCCUUCAGAGGUGCAUAAACCUGCAGUGGCUGUUACUGAGAGAUCAGCAGGAUUGAAUUUCAUGUCUUCAUGUCGUAGAGGGGAAUUGAUUAUGCCUGGCACCUCUUCAUCCGAGACAGAUGUUGAAGUUGAGGAUAAUUAUAAGUGGAGCCUUCGUGCAGUUAAAAUUCCAGGGUGUGACAUAUUUAAGAUCACGAAAUAUAUGCGGUCGCACACAUGUUCUAUUGGAAUUUUAAAUCAUGACCAUAGACAAGCAACAACUGCGGUAGUUGGUAAACUAAUCAAAGACAAGUUCAUAGGCAUAGGACGUGUUUAUAAACCUCGUCACAUCAUUGAGGAUAUGAGGAAAGAGUAUGGUGUAAACAUAAGUUACAAUAAGGCAUGGUGUGCAAGGGAAACCACUUAUGCUCUCGCCAGGGGUACUCCAGAAGAGUCAUACGCUGUUUUACAUGCAUAUGGUGAAGGGUUAAAGAUGGAGAAUCCAGGACCUUGUAUUAGAGGUUUUUCAAGUUUUUGGCCUGUGAUAAUUGUUAAUGGAUCGUAUCUAAAAGAAAAAUACAAAGGGACCAUGUUGGUCGGUGUCUCCAUGGAUGACAACAACCAAGUUUACCCAUUAGCAUAUGCCAUAGUGGACAAUGAAAUUGAUCAAGCUUGGAAGUGGUUUAUGUUGAACUUGAAGUGUGCCAUUGGAGAACCCUCUAACUUGGUGUUUGUGUCCGAUCGAGCGGUAUCUAUUGGCAAUGUCAUUCGUGUAGUUUUUCCCACAGCAUUUCAUGAAUUAUGCACCUACCACCUAGAAAAUAAUAUUCUUUCCAACUUUAAGGAAAACACGAUUGUUGGGAUGUUCAAGGAUGCAGCCAGGGCAUUUCGCAUGUCAGAGUUCUAA